AUAAAAAAAUUCAAUGAUGGUUCAAAUAAAAAAUCACAUAUAAAAUAAGUUAUGAAUUCUAUUUUGAUAGAUAAGAUUUCAAAAAAAUCCUAUUAGAAAUUCGGUUUUAAUGAUAUCGAUUUAUAACAGUCAAAAACUUCUAAAUUGUUUUUGUUGAGCUUUUAAAUUUUUUAAAGUAACAGCUAUAUUUUUUAAAGCCCACAAGUCUAAAAUGAAAAUCAUUACAGACAGGAUCCAUGAUCUUCAUUCUCCUUCUUCCUCAGAUCUCUCUUUACUGAACAAAGGGUUUGAAGGUUCAUCACUCCCCACAAUCACAAUCAUGUACUCCCUGGGAAGAUUACAGCUUCAUCACCAGCCAUCCCACCUUCCCUUCACUCACAACUCUUCAUCCUUCCCGAAACAACCCUCACUCUCAAUCCGACCAAACCCCUCUUUCAAAUACCCUUCUCUCCAAGCUUCUUCUUCUUCCAAAUCUCAAAACUUCAUCCUCAUCCCUCUCCAAAAGUCCGCUCCUUUCCGCUUCCUCAAGUCCACAUGCAUCACUCUAACAACCGCCGCUGCUCUCCUCUCCCUCAAACCCCCGGCCAUCGCAGCCCCCGUCAGGCCUCCGAACACCAUGGAAGAAAAAGAAAAAGCCCUCGAAGAGCAAUUAGCAGCUGACGUCGACACUCUCCGUUCUUUAAUGGAGGUAAAAUUCAGAUCUGGAGAGUUCACAGACGCUACAAAACUAACCGACCGUCUGAUAAAACUUGAACCGGACGAACCGAAGUGGCCGGUUCAGAAAGCCAAAUGCUUUUUAUACAGCGGAGAUAAAGAAUCAGCUAAAAGCGUAUACCAAGAGAUUCUAGCGAAAGACCCUCUUCGCCCUGAAGCUCAUCACGGCUUGUGUAUGGCUUCUUCCGAUGAAGGUCUUGACUGGAAAAAAGUAGAGAGUAUAAUCGAGGAAGCAAUGCUGAGUUGCAGAAAGGAGAAUAGGGACAAGGAGUAUCGUGGGUUUAAGCUUCUUAUGGCUCAGAUUCGUGUGGUUAGAGGGAAACAUGGUGAAGCGCUGAAGCUUUACCAAGAGCUUGCGGAAGAAGAGCCAGGAGAUUUCUGGCCUUAUUUUUGUCAAGGAGCUAUCUACACUUUGCUGAACAAGGAAGACAAGGCGGAGGAGCAGUAUCUCAAGUUUAAGAAACUUGUGCCGGAGAAUUAUAAUUACAUAGAGGAUUUUUUGGUAAGUAAUCUGUUUGCAGGAGAGCUUUUCUCAGCAAUGGAGAGACGAUCAGGUUCAAAGAGUUGAAUUGGUGGGAUUGUCUGUAAUGUUUAGUUGACUAUGAUGAUUUGAUUUUGAAUCAUAAUCUACUCAAUUAGGAGAGUUUUGAAGCAAAAACAUUAGUGGUUGUAACCAGUCUAGAUUGUCUACAAGUGUUGUCUUACAUUC